CUUUGGACUCUCUCGGUCUUCACAUCACCAUUCGAAUCGGUGGUGUUUUUAAAUCGACGCGUGUUUUUGUGUGUGCUACUCGGUUAGUUGUUGCUGCUUUUCAGCUAGUCGUACGAUCUAGCGUUUGUGCUCAAUUCUGAAUUCUAAAAGCAACAACAAGAAUUUUUCCAUAUGUGCAACUAUUUGCCUUAGAAAAAACGCAAGUGAAAAGACUCGAGAAAACCAAAGUGCAGGCUACCCAAAUUGAUGACGAAGUUUCGUGUGCCGCCUGCAUUUCAUUUAUAUACAUAUAUUUUCGGCCUUAAUUCUGGGCUUCCUGUGAAUUAACGAGGAAACUAAAGAGUGCGCGAGCGAGAGAGCCGAUCAACAAGUGGAAACCGAGAAACUUUCUUCGCAAAAGCCGGCUGAUCACCAAAAGAGAUUCAUUCUCUGGGAAUUUUCUUCAUCACUGGAACUUCCUUACAUUUCGUCCAACAUGGCUCUUAACCUUUGGCUGAGUGCAUUUUCCGUGGCGGCUGUUGAUCAGGAAAGCCGCCUGGAUGCGUUUCUGCUUUGAUCGGCUGUGCUUCGCAACCAAGCGGCCAGCCCAAAACUCCAAUAGCAAUGCACCACACUGCACUGCUCACAGCACAAUUAGCACAGAUGCACCACCAGCAGCGGAUGUAGUAGAUGUAGCCACAGCAGCAGCAGCAGCAGCAGCAGCACAGCCAUCAAAUAAUCUGUUUUACGCCGACUACCAGAAGCUGCAGCCAGCGAUAAUCGAUAGGGAUUGGGAACGGGAUAGAGGAACGCGAACCGAGGCCAAGCCGCCGGACAUAGAGCAACAGCCUGAGAUACAGAUACAUAGCCAUCCACAGAUACAGACAGAGAACCAUCCACAGAUACAGAUAGAGAGCCAUCCACAGAUACAGACAGCUGCUCAGAUACAGAUACAGAUACAGAUACAGCGCCAUCGCCGGCAUAGCAGUGCCGAAGAUCGCAAUCUGAACACGAGGCGGCGAAACGAUUCGAAUACUACGGAGGCGGUACGAAAAGCAGCCAGUAUGCAGCAGGAGCCGAACGCCAACUAUCAGUUCCCAACCGACUUGGGUCUGGUGAGCAUCGUCAACAACAAUAAUAAUAGCAAUAAUAGCAAUAAUAUCAACACUCAGCCGAGUGGUGCCAGCAACAACACCAAUAAUAAUAAUAACAACAAUCUGGUGGGUGGCAUUGUGACCUUGCCGGCGGCUGGUGGUGGUCUCAUAGGUCUGGAGCACACGGCAUCGGGACUGCGGCUGAUACCGGCACCACCAACGCACUCGGAAGUGCUGACCCACACGCUGAUCUACGGAACACCGCCCUCGGGGGCCCAGCAAUUGCAUCAGGAUCCGCGCAGCUUGCUGCAUCAACAGGAGCUGCAGUUGCAGCAGCGCUAUCAGCAACUGCAGCAGUUGCAGGCUCAAACGCAGGGCUUGUAUACGAGCCAAGGCAGUCCUGUUCUUUACCAUCAAAACAGCGCGUGUUCCAGCCAACCGGUGGCCAUACCCGGUGCCAGUUGUCACUCGCCCACCCAAUUGCAAGCGCCCACCACUCUCAACCUUCAGCAGCAAAUGCAGAGCUUGAGGAUCUCGGGAUGUACGCCCAGUGGCUCGGGGGGAUCGGCCACGCCCUCGCCGGUGGGCUUGGUGGAUCAAACCCUGCUCAUGGGCAACUAUGUGGCCGCCUCGCCGCAGGAAGAGCGCUUCAUACAGAUCAUUCAGGCCAAGGAGCUCAAGAUACAGGAAAUGCAGCGGGCCCUUCAGUUCAAGGACAAUGAAAUUGCCGAGCUCAAGUCGCAUUUGGAUAAGUUCCAGAGUGUUUUCCCCUUCAGUCGCAGCAGUGCGGCGGGAUGUGCGGGAACGGGCGGAGGAUCGGGCUCAUCCGGAGCGGGAGCGGGAGUGGGAGGGGGAAGUGGAGGAAGUGGUGGUCCCAGCACCGCCACAGGUGCCACCCGCAAGUCUGGACAGAACUUCCAGAGGCAGCGGGCCCUCGGCAUCUCGGCGGAACCACAAAGCGAGUCCUCACUGCUGCUCGAGCACGUCAGCUUUCCCAAAUACGACAAGGAUGAGCGCUCCCGUGAACUUAUCAAAGCUGCCAUUUUGGAUAAUGACUUCAUGAAGAAUCUGGAUUUGACGCAGAUUCGUGAGAUCGUCGACUGCAUGUAUCCGGUGAAAUAUCCAGCCAAGAAUCUGAUCAUCAAGGAGGGAGAUGUCGGCAGCAUUGUUUAUGUCAUGGAAGAUGGCCGCGUGGAGGUUUCCCGCGAGGGCAAAUACCUUUCGACCCUUUCGGGAGCAAAGGUCCUUGGCGAGCUGGCCAUCCUGUACAAUUGCCAGAGGACGGCGACCAUCACGGCGAUCACCGAGUGCAAUUUGUGGGCCAUCGAGCGCCAGUGCUUCCAGACCAUCAUGAUGCGAACGGGCCUCAUUCGACAGGCGGAGUACAGCGACUUCCUCAAGAGUGUGCCCAUCUUCAAAGACCUGGCGGAUGACACGCUCAUCAAGAUCUCCGAUGUUUUGGAGGAGACGCACUACCAGCGAGGCGAUUAUAUUGUGCGCCAAGGUGCCAGAGGAGAUACCUUCUUCAUCAUUUCAAAGGGCAAAGUGCGAGUGACGAUCAAACAGCAGGACACUCAGGAGGAGAAGUUCAUACGCAUGCUGGGCAAGGGUGAUUUCUUUGGAGAAAAGGCUCUCCAGGGCGAUGAUCUGCGCACGGCGAAUAUUAUUUGUGAAUCGGCGGAUGGCGUCAGUUGUCUGGUCAUCGAUCGCGAGACCUUCAAUCAGUUGAUUUCCAAUCUGGACGAGAUCAAGCAUCGCUACGACGACGAGGGAGCCAUGGAGCGCAGAAAGAUCAACGAGGAAUUCCGGGACAUUAACCUCACCGAUCUGCGCGUUAUCGCCACUCUGGGAGUAGGUGGCUUUGGUCGCGUGGAACUGGUUCAAACCAAUGGCGAUGGCUCCAGGUCCUUUGCCCUCAAGCAGAUGAAGAAGUCGCAGAUUGUGGAGACGCGACAGCAGCAGCAUAUCAUGUCCGAAAAGGAGAUCAUGGGCGAGGCCAACUGCCAGUUCAUAGUGAAACUGUUCAAGACCUUCAAGGACAAGAAGUACCUGUACAUGCUGAUGGAAAGCUGUCUGGGCGGCGAACUCUGGACGAUCCUGCGGGACAAGGGCAACUUCGAUGACAGCACCACCCGCUUCUACACAGCGUGUGUGGUGGAGGCCUUUGACUACCUGCAUUCGCGGAACAUCAUCUAUCGAGAUCUGAAGCCGGAGAACCUGCUGCUCAACGAACGCGGAUAUGUGAAGCUCGUCGACUUUGGCUUUGCCAAGAAACUGCAGACGGGCAGGAAAACGUGGACUUUCUGCGGCACCCCGGAGUAUGUGGCUCCGGAGGUGAUUCUCAACCGGGGUCACGACAUCAGUGCGGAUUACUGGUCGCUGGGAGUGCUCAUGUUCGAGCUGCUUACCGGUACCCCUCCAUUUACGGGCUCGGAUCCCAUGCGCACCUACAACAUCAUACUUAAGGGCAUCGAUGCCAUUGAAUUCCCCAGGAAUAUCACGCGUAAUGCCAGCAAUCUGAUUAAGAAGCUGUGUAGGGAUAAUCCUGCCGAGCGUUUGGGCUACCAGCGUGGGGGAAUUAGCGAGAUACAGAAGCACAAAUGGUUUGAUGGCUUCUACUGGUGGGGCUUGCAAAACUGCACUCUGGAACCGCCCAUAAAGCCAGCCGUGAAAAGCGUGGUGGAUACCACGAACUUUGAUGAUUAUCCACCCGAUCCGGAGGGUCCCCCACCAGAUGAUGUUACCGGAUGGGACAAGGACUUUUAGGACUCGUUUCCUAGACGAUCGAUGCUCUCAAAACGCUAAACGCUAAAUGCUACAGAAUACAGAAUACCGGAGGAGAAUACAAACCAAGGAGGAGAAAUUGAUCUUAAGUGCGCCAUAUGUACGCCAAAGCCAACAGCAAACAGUCAGCAGCAACGCAUCGAAAAGCUGCCAAAAAACACUAAGAAAAGAAAGGAAAAGAAACGUAACGUAAAGUGUAGCAGUCGCAAGGCCAAGGGCCGAGACAAAAAAAGCACAAUUAUCCAUCGUCUUAGCCCUUUUAGAUUUUAGAUUUAUGAUGUGUUAUAUAUAUAUACCCCCCAUGAUGUGCAACGCAAUGAAUUUAUUAACGAGUUUAUAACUAUUAUUUUGUAAUGAGGAUAUGUACCGUCUAGUUCGUUUGGAAUUGUAUGAUGUAAGUUGUAAGUAGAGCUCUGUUAGCCAUGUGCAUUGUAUAAAUUCUAUUUCUAUUUGUAUCUAUUAAAUAUUAUUAACAUAAUUAUUAAACAUCAUUGUUAAUGUAUCAAAGCACGCACGAAAAUGCAUACAAAUACAAAUCGGGUUGCCUUAUAGUCUGUAAGAACAUUUUUAAAAGCAACAUCUGACCAAGAUCUUCCGUCAUUCGCCCUUAAAAAAAACAUUUGUUAAAUUUCUAUCUAGCCUCUCUUCUAUAUUUCAUUAGUCCGUAGCAAUCAUGUCUAUUAUUUUUACGAAAAAUACGCCCUUUUUAAUUGUCUUUUUUAAGUAAAUAAGUUAGAAAUUGAAUAAACAAAUUUUUGCGAUGAA